UGUCAACUGACAAUGAAGCUUCAGAGAGUGUAAACAAUACAAAAAUUCAAAAUUUUGCCAUGUGCGUAUCGCUGACGCUGUUGCUCGUUAUCUGUGUCAUGGGAGAGGAGAUAGAUCUCAGUAGUUACAGUUAUUGGUGCAAUUUGCCGGGGUACUCUGUGAUCGUGGCUAAGUUCGGUGCCGAGCAACACUUGCUAUGUCUGAAAAUGGUGCCAAUAGUGUCAUCCGAGCUCACCAAAGUCUCGCGUAUCUACCUAGACCCUGACCUAGACGAAAGAGUGAUCAAGGCGUUCGCACCUGGUGACGUGGCACUGGCUUCAGGGUUCCCCUUGAUGGCGCCGUCUGCUGGCGCCGCUGAGGGAUAUAUUGGACAGGAUGGACAUUUUUACGGGGUCUUACAUUUGGGUAACCGCACCCUCUACGCAGACCCAUACAACCGGGACGAUCCCCGCAAGAUGUUCGGGCCGUUCGAAGGAGGCAGUUUCGUCAGCACACGCCCGCGCCGCGAAUUUGUACAGAAGGUUGGCCGCGUCGACGCGAAAUCGAUGCUAGAGACAGAGGAUCCCCCGCCAGGCACGGCGCGGGCGCGGAUCUGCGACUUGCUGUUGUUGGCUGACAAGGAAUUCUUCGAUAAGGACGCGCACGGCAGCCUGAACCAUGCCGUGAGCCGCAUGGUGCAUGCGGUGGCCCAAGCAGACAUCAUCAUCAGAAACGCAGACUUCGACGAGGACGGUAUGCCGGAUAACAUUGGUUUCUCAGUGAAGUACAUCCUAGUUCUGGCGUCUGAAGAGACGAACGCGCGAGUAUUCGGCGACGCUGAGAAGCACUCGAUAGACGGCCGCGACUAUCUCAAGCGAUUCUCGCGCUUACGCCGAUUGAACGAGGUCUGUCUCGGUAUCGCGUUCUCGGGACACUCGUUCCAUAACAGGACGCUUGGGCUGAGCUUCACGUCGCUGGGUGGCGGAGUGGGCGGCUCAGCGGGCGGGCUCUGCGACCGGCGGCAUUUCGGGCGUUCAUUCAACACGUUAGCCAUCGCGCACGCCACAGGGAACGGCGACGAACGCGUGCCCGAGCGCAUUGCCGCGCUCACGCUCGCUCAUGAGAUUGGUCACAGUUUCGGCGCCCAUCACGACGACAACUUCCCGAACAGAGAAUGCCGGGGCUACCUCAUGGGCGCUCAGUCCACUGCUGCUGAUAGUUUAACGCACUUCGAGUUUUCAUUGUGCAGCAAACGACUUAUUGCUGACACGCUAGAUGCUGUCAGCCACUGUUUGUACGAGGAGUGGCGACCUUACUGCGGGAACGGUAUAGUAGAAGAGGGUGAGGCCUGCGACUGCGGCCUCCCUGUGCGCUGCGUGUUCAGAGACCCGUGCUGUACCCCUCGCACCGGCCUCGCGGAGCAUUUUGAAGAGGGAACACUGCACAAAGGCGGUUGCGCUGUGGCACCGACGGCGGCCUGUCAUCCUUCGCAAGGUCCGUGCUGCACGACCAAGUGUCAGCACGCUAAUCUUACAGAAUUCGGCAUUGAUUGUUCGAGAUUAGGCCAAGAGUGUUCCUGUACGAAUCCGUCCUGCAGUUGCGGUCUGGACGGGCGCUGUCUCAGCGACGGCAGCUGUCACGCCGCGGAGUGCGCGGCGCAGGGGCUACGGGAGUGCCAAUGCACGCCACAGACAAUGGGAGGCAGGCUUCAUAAAGCCGGCAUGUGUGGCGUCUGCUGCCAGCUACCGGGCGCUAUGCAGCGCUGCGUCACGGCCGAGGCCGCAGCUCGAGCCCGCAAGACCAGUCCUCUGGAGUGGCUUCCUAACGAAUAUUCGGGCCCGAACCUAACAAUAAGACUGUGCGAAGCCUGCCAACCGACGAUCAUACGCGCGUGGCCCGUGGGCAGUUGGUGUGUCACGCAGAACACCGUCGGUGUGUGCGAGACCAACGGCGUGUGCAUAGCGAGGGACCGGCCGCGGUCCAACCUGUACCCGGACACAGUGGUAACCUCUUAG